AUGCUAACUAAUCAUAAUACAAAUUUAUUGGAAUUAAAAGGGUUUCAGAUCUCACAAAUUGCUGCUGAUCCUAUAGGACGUUGUGUUGCAUUAUGUGGAACUGAUGAACUUGUAAUAUGCCCAUUGAAACAUCCUUCACAGUACAGUGGAUUUUCCUUACCUUCAAAGUUAGGAUGCUCUGGACUUGCUUGGCACCCAAAUGAUCAUACGAAACUUGCAAUUGCACGUUGCAAUAGAUGUGAACUACUUCUCUGGGAUGUCAAUGAAUGUCGAUUAAGUACAAACACUAGUCUGGGUGGAUAUGUUCGUGUGAUCAAUUCACUGGAUUGGAGUCCAGUCCAUCCAUUUCUUAUAGCUACUACAUCUGCAGAUCAAUUUCGUGCUAUUUGUGUUUGGGAUUUAAGAGAUAUGUCAAGACCAGUUCGAGCUAUAGAAUCUCUUUCUUCACCAAUUAUUGUCAAAUGGAAUAGAUUUUUGAGUGGAAAAUUUGCAACCUGUCACUCAUCUGGUGUUCGUACUUGGGAUUUGCGGUCUAACGUUCCAGAACAGUACAUCUCUGUACAAGCUGAUCACGUUCGUGAUUUUGAUUGGUCGCCUCAGAAUGUCAAUCAAAUGGUGACAGUCAAUGAAUGUUCUGAAAUGCGCCUAUGGGAUAUUGAAAAUCCUUCAUAUCCUCUGAAAAAGGUCCGAUUUCAUGAAAUCAAAUUGAAGAAAGUAAUUUAUACUCCUUCAGGUGAUCAUAUUAUUAUUUUACCAGAGCAGUCUCAUUGGUCAGUUCAUGGGAUAUCUGUGUGGUCCAGUGCCAAUUUGACACAAUCUCAUGAUUUAUUUCAAGUAAUAGAAAGUCAUGAUAAUAGUAACACUAAAAAUAGUGGGAUUGCUGUCAAUAAAACGUCCACUAAUGGUAUGGUGAAUUCAAACAAUAAUAAUGGUAAUAAUAAUAAUAAUCACAUAAAUGAUCAGCAGAUUUGUCAACCACGUUCUACAGAUUCAUAUAUACUAGAUAUGAAUUGGUUGAUAUGCUCCUCUUCAAAUCUCCCAUUUUCUUCAUCGACAAUGACAGAUGAUCAUGAAUUAACGACAAAUUUUAUUCUGGAUAAUGAAAUGUCGACAACAAAUCAAAAUUUAGAGUAUUGUCCUAAGAAAAAUGUACAUUUACUUACUUGGUCAAUGGAUAAUAUACUUCGAGUUUAUCCAAUUCAUUUUAAAUCAAUUUCACUUCAUGAUAAUGAACCAUUAUUAAAUCAAGCAAAUAAACAAACAAGAAUAAUAAAAGAAAAAUCAGAAGAUUUACUAGAUGAUAAAUUAUCAACGAAUUUCAAUCCAAAGACAAAUCAAUCAAAGAAGUUUGGUAAUGCUCCGACAAGCAGUUUAAAUAAACCAAAGAUCGUUGACUCACAACUUCGUGGUGAAGAUUUUGGCCAACGUUCUUCUGUCUCUAAGUCAUGUUUAUCUAUUUCGAAAAGUGUAUUGAAUGCAGAUCCCAAAUGUGCAAAUCAAGAAGAUAGUGCAUUCCAAUUUCUCGCUCAAGAAUUAUCUUUGUUAAGCCAUAGAGCAGGACAAUAUAAGUUAGAAGAAAUGGAUCUUAUCAAUCGUACAGCUAAAUUAAUUCUAUUUUACUGUCGUCGUAAUCAUCAUCAUCAUUAUUCAUUAUGUUCAGUAACAAAUACACUUCGAAGACGACGUCAUAGUUCUGUAAUGAAUAAUGAAGGUCUUGAUAGUCUACUAUUACCUUCAACCACUGAUCUGAUCUCACAAAUGGAAUUUUCAGAACAUUCAAAUUUUUGGAAAGCACACCAUCGUAAUUUAUCAUCGACAACUGAUACUGAACAUACAAUAUCGAAUCAGAUUAGCAAUAGUAAUAGUGCUGUUAGUGUUGAUAAUGAAGAGAGUACGCAUUUAACAAACGAUCCAUCAAAUCAUUCAACCUUUGAUAAUAGUCAUGAAUUAGAAAAUUCGACUAAUAACAAUACACGUAACUGUGAAAUGCCAUUAGCUGGUUCAAUUAUAUUAAGUAUAGAAUUCCCUGAUAAUUAUCCAUUAAAUGGAGCUAUACCUGAAUUUCAUGUACUUGAUUGCAGUCCACCUUUACCUCCAGAAGUACUAGAUGAAUUAAGAAAUGUUUUAUAUUCAACGGCAUCUGAACUAGUGUCCACCUCACGUGGUUGUGUUGAACCAUGUAUAAGAAAUGCUGUGAUCACUUUACAAACAUAUCCUACAUUAAACAAUCAAAUAGAAAGUAAUUCUAAAAAAUUAAACUUAACAAAUUUAUCUACUACAAAUUAUGAUAUGUUUAAUGUUAAUAUGGAUAAAUUGAAUAAACCAAUUAUUGAUACAACAGCUUCAAUGAAACAAAAAUGUCACUAUACAAUAGGUAUUCCUUUCCCAAGAACAUCCGGUGUUCAUUUUACCACGAAUGGUCUAAUUGUAACAUUUGGUCUACCAGAAUCUUUGUCAUUUAUACGUAAUUCAUUGAAAUUAACUUCAUCAGAUGUUAAUUGUCAAGUAGAUUUAACAAAUACUACUACUACUAAUAAUAGUAAUGAUAUAAAAAAAGAUUGGACACCACAAUCCUUCAGUGAAUACCAAAAAUUUAUUCAUCGAUUGUCAUCAACAAAUCGUGAAUAUAAUAAUUAUAUGAAAAGAUCAUUUCAGAAUUGUAUUGGAAAUAUAAUUGAUUCAUUUGCUAGAUUCGAGGUAGAUUGUAAGGAACAACAACGACAAAAACAUCAACCUCAUGAAAAACAGAAAUGUAUCCAUGAAGUAGUUGACAAAAAUAGAUUAUCUUUUAAAAUGAAUACAGAACUUAAUCGAAAUUCAAUUAAUUCAACAGCUGACGAUACUGAAGUAAAGAAUUCUUUUGAGUCGUCUCGUGUGACGGAGCAAAAAUGGCUCAAUUCCAUUUCAACAACACAUCCCAACUCUCCUGAUGUUCAGAAUCCAAAUGAAAUGUUCUUCAGUCAUUUCAGUAUGAUUUAUCCAUCUACUAUUCAAAUUUAUGAUAUGAGCCCUUUAAUCUGGGAUCGGCACUUAAUGUAUGAAUACAGCUUAAACACCGAAAAUCUACAACAGAUGUGCAUUCACAAUCUUCAUGCAGUUUAUAAUACUCAUCGAAAGGAUCUUAUUCGAUUCUGGCAAUAUGCUCUAGUUAUGUCAAUUUCACUUGGUCACACAGAUCAUUCUCACCAAGUUCAUCAACCUUUAGCUUCACAAUUAAUUGGAAGACCGUUAUUUGAUACAUGGAUUCGCCAUUUCCUUCGUAUACAUGAUGUUCAAAGUUUGGCAAUGUUAGUCCUUGUACUUCAAAGUUUAAAUCGUAUCAAUGAACUUAAAUUCGACACAUUUGAUGGCUCAAAUAUUUCACUAAAUAAACUCGAGAAUACUACCACUUCGCUGUCAUCUGUGAACAACUUUUUGGAAACAUAUUCAUUAUGUCACAUGAAUGAGUCAGAAAAGACAAUAAAUCUGUUAGGAUGCAAUACAGUUGCCAGUUCCUCAUUAGAACAACAAUCGUCAUUUACCUUAGAUAACUCUGAUGAAACACAGAGUGAAUUCAGUUUAGUAUUUGGCCAGUCAAACGAAAAUAUGAACGGUUGUCCCAUAGAACAACUUCCUCCAAAGGAAUUAUCGAUCAAUUCAAUUUGUGCUUAUCAAUCAAGGUUUGUCCAUCCAAAGGAUUUGUUUUCAUUCGAUCACUACAUUUAUGUUUACGCUAGCAUUAUUUACUCUCUACACGAAUACAUUUUACACGCUCGUCUUCUUCGAUCUUGGUCGUACAAUAUCCGUGCAAAUUCAUUAUCCCAUGUAUGGCCUUACGUUCAAACAAAUGCUUUGAUUCUACUUUCAUGCCCAGAAAUGCGAUGCAGUUCUAACUUAGUUCCCAAACACUCCAAUGGAUCUCUUAAGUCUGCACAGUGUACACAUUGUCAGUGGGAGGUGAAUUUAGAGAAUCACCAAUCUACUACAGGCCCUCAGAAACCACAAAGAUUGUUAAUCUGUACUGUAUGCCGAAAUAGCUGCAAAGGACUUGUUUUAGUUUGUCCAUUGUGCAGUCAUGGUGGACAUGUACAUCAUGUUUCCACAUGGUUUAACUCAGUUGGUAGAAAUAAUUUACCUAGACAAUGCCCCUUUAUUAAUUGUGAGUGUUUUUGUUUUGUUAAUGAAAUGUAUUCAACUCAAACGGUAUGA